CAAAAGGCAAACAUCGGCUUCAUGCACGGUCCACAGGAACUCAUCACAGACGUCCGAGGAAGCGAAGACGGGUUCACCCUCGAUCAGCAUGGAUUACGCUUCAUUCGUCAUAUUUUUAGCCCCUUCCAUGUCGGCGACCUGAAAGAGGUGGCAAGGGUCUUUUACCUGGGGGCUGAGGCAUUUCUGAAACACCAUGCUGACGGCGGAGAUCGUUCGUUGUUCUUCGAUUAUUGUAUCCGGUCCAAUAAGUCUGAACUUCAGUCCAAACUGGUUGACGUGGCAAAUAGUUCGCUAGCGCUGCCUCCUGCUAGAGGCGUGCAUAUUGAUCAAAGGCCGGCUGGUGCGUUAAAACGAGUCCGAUUGUGGGAGGAAGAUGAGGCAGAUAGUCUUAUUGAAGGCCGUGUUAGGAUUCUCAACAUGUGGGUAACUUACGAUCAUCCAAUUGAGGAUUGCCCCUUGCCGAGUGCGAUGGCAGCACCGUUCGACCAGAAAACCUUUUUGUCACAUAGCAAGAACAUUUAUUGGAGAGACGUCUAUCCUUUAUAUGAUCCAGAUGCAAAGUGGUAUUAUCUACGCAACGAGCGGCCUGAUGAAAUACUCAUUCUCAAAAUA